AUGGCUGCCGUCGUCAACAGGAGGGCCUUCCUCUCAAACGUCGUCGCCCUCUCUUCUCCUUCCUCGUACUUCAGGCUCACAACUUUGAAGCCUACAGCUUGGACCCGCACAGGCCUUUCUCGCUCCUACUCCCGCCACACAAAGACAAAGGUCCAAAUCGAAACCUCAGAACUAGAGCAAGAGAUCCGACACCUGGAAAAGACAAUUGCCGAACAGGAGCGGAAACUGAUCGCCAAGAGGGCGUAUGACGAAUCGAUCCGGGAAACCAAGCAGCGGUCCGAGGCUGCUCAAUCCGUGUACAAGUCUCUUACCUCGCCCAUUGCUACCACUGGAUCAUCAUCUGCGGGAGCAGGAGGAGCCCCAAAACAGAUCGGGGGUCAUCCCAAUGCCCAGUCAUACCUUCCUGAGACGUUCCUUCAGGAUCUGAAGCUUACUUUCUUGGACACUCGAGCGGACAGGAGUGAGACUGUGCGGAAACUCCAGAGCGGAUUGCCUACCUCGGAGGACUUGCGCUCUGCCGCCGCCGCUGCGCUGGGAUCGCAAGAACAGCAGGGCGAGUCGCAAGAUGCAGUUAAGGAAGGAACAGGAGUAAUGCCAGAGACAGGAUUGGCAGAGACGAUAGAGAAGGACAGCAACCAGCUGGCCUUUGAGAGAGUGCGGGAUCUGGGAGUCGACAAGUGGAACCAGCUGAUCUAUGUCAAUGCGUUGGAGGGUAACACCGAGAACGCAGAGAAGGUCAUGCGAUUGAUGGAGGAAGUCGGUGUACAGCCCGACUUGGACUCUUUUACUCACCUCAUGGAAGCCUACUACAACGCUGGCGAACUAAAGAAGGCCCAAAGCACCAUCGAGAUGAUGCUCAACAAUGGAAUUGUCCCAUCGAUGCCAGCAUUCAACUCGCUUUUGAAGAUCCACGUCAGGAGGAGAGACAUCACUGGUGCAUUCCAAGUCUUUGAGGUACUCAAGAAGCACCACAACCCAGACGUCGAAGUAUUCACCAACCUUGUGAAGGGCUGUCUCCGUGCGGACGAAUACGAUCUCGGCUGGAAGGUCUUUGAUCAGAUGCAACGUAGUGGCGCCACCCCUGUCGAAAACACCUACAGUCUAAUGAUCCGCGCUUGUGCCAAGACCGACCAGGUCGAACGCGCUCUUGAUAUCUUCAGGACCUAUCCGACCCGCAAACUCCAACCCACGGAUGCGACCUUCAACAGUUUGAUCCACGCCUGUGCGAUGCGGCCCGAGUAUUUUACGACGGCGUUUGCGUUGUUGAACGAAAUGCAGUCUGUCUAUGGAUUCGAGCCGGAUAUCUUGACAUACAAUACUCUACUAUUUGCGUGCUCUAAGCGCCAGGAUCUUUUGACAGCACGGAGAGUCUUCCAGAAGGUCGUGCAGCUCGAUAGUGAGGGAAUCUUGAAGCUGGAUGGCGUGACGGUGACCAACUUUUUGUGGUGUGUGACCGAGUGGAAAAAUACGGAUGUCCAUCUCAGGAGCUUCAAGCUGCGUCACCGCAACAAUGCCGCAGGACAGAUUGAAUCCCCUACAACCACUCCUGCUUCGGUGACUGAGAGCGCGACGACGGAUAUCUCCCUGCGGCCUUCGUAUUUCCUGUUGCCCGAGAGACCUCCGGCAAACGAGCAUGAGGCGUUGUUGGAAGGAGAAUCUGUCUUUUCUUGGUUCGUCUCCCGCGCCGCCUCUGAAGCCGAGAGCACGAGUACCGAAGAUGCCCAACAGCAGGACACAGAAUCAUCAGCCGUAGCAACAGCAACGGCAACGGCAACAACAACGGCAGCGGCAGUAACAACAGCCGUUUCGACAUUGCCUCUUCCACACCUUUCCUCGCAAUCACCCAUCAGAGCCCGCCUACUGAACGCCUACCUGGCAAUGUACGUCCGCCACAACUCGAUCGAGAAAUCAACGGAAAUCUACCGCCAGUACUUUGACCAUUUCGGCCGCACGCGGGACAGCUGGACAUACUCGACCAUGCUCGAAGGCUGCUACCACUGGAAGGAUGUUGACCUGGGGGCGGAGGUGUUUCGAGACUGGCGGGAUUGGCGGAUGAGCACGGGCAAGUUGACGGAGAAGCGGACCCGCUAUGCGGAUUAUCAGUGCUACCGCCGCAUGAUCAAUCUCUUGGCCAGGACGAAUCAUUUGGACGAAUCGAUUGCGCUACUAGAGGAACUGGCGAUUGCCGCCACCCCCACCAAUACCCGCCUACGAUCGGAGAUUGCCUCCGCUGCUGCCUCUGCUUCGUCGGCAUCCCCCACCACCACCACCACCACCACCACCACCACUUCAUUACCAUCUCCAUCAUUAUCAACAGAAGCACCAACAUCACCACCAUCAGCAUUAACUACUGCAACAACAACAACGAGCCCAUCAUCACUCUUGUUCCUGACACAAAUCCAGGACGAGUCCGUGUUACCGAUCUACCCACAACUCAAGGACUUCCCCAUCGUCUAUACCAAGACCUGGGAACUCGAGGACGAAUCUGCACGACGCCUCCUCCUCCGUCUCUGCCACUCCUCCCCCUCUUCUUCCUCUUCCUCCAAGCACUCCAAAUCUACACCCUCAGGCGCCGAAUCUGACAACGACGUGGACGAAGAGGACGGUAAGACGUCCAUCUUCCCAAUGCACUUGGAAGACAAGCGUCGGGCGCGGUACCAAAAGUCGCUUCGCAAUACGGCGAUUAAAUGGAAGGGCGAGCAUUCGCAUGGGCGACAGGAGAAGGGGUUCAUGGUUGGAGAGAGGCGGUUGAAGGAGUUGGAACGGGAUUCGGGUAAAAGGGCACAGGAUCAUCGACGUAGCUUCAAGGGUCCUCGAUUCUAG